AUGCGACAUUUCUUCGAGACGCUCGACGAGAUGGCCAAGUUUCCCAACACCCUUGGCGUGAUGGUUGCAUAUGAGUUGAUCAACGACACUCAAAGUAUGAAAUGCGCACCUGUCUUGAAAGCAGCCGUGAAAGACCUGAAAAAGUAUAUGAGAUUCCAAAGUGAGUCUACUGGGCAGAGGGUCCUUCCGAUUGGAUACGAUGCAUCGUCAGCACGUUUGCCACUAUUUGAGACGUUAUAUUACUUGUCAUGUGGCGACAGUGAUGCUCGGAUUGACUUUGUGUCUUGCAAGGGGUACGAGUGGGUUGGGAGUAAGUCCAGCAUCAAAAUCAGCGGAUGGCAGACACUGAUCGAACAGUUUCAGCAUCUUCCUACGCCUAUAUUCUUCUCCGAGUACGGCACAACCAUGCCCACGUACACUGUGAGCGCCACGACGGAGUCACGCGAGUUCACAGAGACCUCAGCCUUGUUCUCCCCGGCAAUGACUCAUGUGUUCUCGGGAGGUUGUGUGUACGAGUUCUGGAGGAGUAGGAAUGGAUAUGGUAUGCUUCAAGUCUUCCAAGGCGGAGCAAUUGUGGAGAAACGUGCUGGUCCGUUGGGAAUCAUGCUUGUGUAUGCUGAUUUCUUCAACUACCAGAAACGUCUGGCAGCAGCGCGAGAGGUGGAGCCGAACACGCUUGCAGCGCACACAGAUCGCACAGGGUACGAGCGAGUGUUUGAAACGGUGCAACGACGCGAUAUUGCCGACAUGGGCGAGGUUCCAGAUAGCCCUAUAGAUUGGGCGCAAUUUAUCAAUCUGUGA